AUGCAGGCAGCUGGAUUAGAACAGGAUGACUGCUUUGACUUCUUGUUCAAGAUUAUUCUAAUUGGGGAUAGUAAUGUUGGCAAAACUUGUGUGGUUCAGCGCUUUAAGACUAGAAUGUUCUCAGAAAGGCAACAGAACACUAUUGGAGUGGACUUCACUGUUCGGACGCUUAAUAUUGAGGGCAAAAGAGUAAAGAUACAGGUGUGGGACACAGCAGGGCAGGAGCGAUUCCGUACCAUCACCCAGAGCUACUACCGCAGCGCACACGGAGCCAUGAUCGCUUACGACAUCACCCGCAAGGCCACUUUUGACUCCAUACCACACUGGAUCCACGAAGUGGAGAAGUAUGGAGCUGCCAAUGUACUCCUCACCCUCAUAGGUAACAAAUGUGACCUGGAGUCUGAAAGGCAGGUUCAGUUUGCGGAGGCUUGCACAUUGGCAAAGGAGAAAGGAAUUCUGGUAGCGAUGGAAACGUCCGCGAAGGAGGCGCAGAACGUGGACGAGGCCUUUGAGCUGAUUGCACGCGAACUCCUGGCUCAGAACGGAAUGGCAGUGAGAGAGGACGAGUCUCAGAUCGACCCUCCACACCUCUUACUGCGCUCCAACUCCAGGCCUAUUAACAGCCCAACGUACACAGCUGAAAAAAAGGCGUGCGAAUGCUGA